AAACAAAUGCAUCAGUCUCACUCUACUUAAUUUCAGUUAGUGAACAUGAAGAUUCUGAUUUGCACCUUAUUGAUAGCUACUGUGCUAGCAGAAGAAGCAUCAAAAAAGAAGCGUGGAUUACUGCUUGGAGGAGGUGGAGAUGACUUUGGACACGGUGGUGGAUUUGGAGGACAUGGAAGUGGAUUAAGUUUGGGAGGACAUGGCUUGGGAGGUCAUGAUUUUGGAAGCAGUUUGGGCGGUCAUGGUAUAGGGGGCGAUAUAGGGGGACACGGCGGAUUUGAUGGAGGAUUUGGCGGAGGCAUUGGAGGAGGUGAAGGUCACGUCAGCCACAUUACGCUUCACAAAACAGUAAAGAUACCAGUUCCUCAGCCUUAUCCUGUGCCUGUUGAAAAGAAGAUCCCAUAUCCCGUUAAAGUACCAGUGGCAGUAAAAGUUGACAAACCCUAUCCCGUCCAUGUUCCCAAACCAUAUCCAGUGCAUAUCGACAAACCCUAUCCAGUGAAAAUCGUUAAAGACGUACCUUAUCCAGUCAAAGUUCCGUAUAAAGUACCCGUCCCAGUAAAAGUGCCAGUACACAUUCCAAAACCUUACCCUGUACCAGUUCCAAAACCAGUUCCAGUUCAUGUGCCAGACAUAAAAAUCGUAAAGAAACCUGUACCCGUUGUUAUCCACGCCGGUCAUGGAGGUGACAGUUAUGGAUCCAGUGGACUUGGAGAUCAUGGAUCCAUAGGGCUUGGAGCAAGUGGUUUAGGAGGUCACGAAAGUUUCAGCGGAAGUGAUCAUUUUGGAUCUUCAAGCUUCAGCUCAAGUGAUUUUGGAGGGCACGGAAUUUCAUCUCUAGGCGGAGGAUAUGGUCAUCACGUUUGCACCUUGCUGAUAGCCACUGUGCUAGCAGAAGAAACAUCAAAAAAGAAGCGUGGCUUACUGCUUGGCGGAGGAGAUGAUUUUGGUCACGGUGGAGGAUUUGGAGGACAUGGAAGUGGAUCAAGUUUGGGAGGACAUGAUUUUGGCAGCAGUUUUAGCGGUCAUGGUGUAGGGGGCAAUCAAGGAGGACCCGUAAGUUUUGACGGAGGAUUUGGUGGAGGUAUUGGAGGAGCUGAAAGUCACGUCAGCCACAUUACACUUCACAAAACAGUCAACGUACCAGUUCCUCAGCCAUAUCCCGUUCCUGUCGAAAAGAAGAUCCCAUACCCUGUUAAAGUACCAGUGGCUGUAAAAGUGGACAAACCCUAUCCCGUCCAUGUUCCCAAACCAUAUCCAGUGCAUAUCGACAAACCUUACCCAGUUAAAAUCGUUAAAGAUGUACCUUAUCCUGUCAAAGUACCAUACAAAGUUCCCGUCCCUGUAAAAGUGCCCGUACACAUUCCAAAACCUUACCCAGUACCAGUACAUAAACCUGUUCCAGUUCAUAUACCAGAUAUCCAAAUCGUAAAGAAACCUGUACCUGUCGUUAUCCACGCCGGUCAUGGAGGUGACAGUUAUGGUUCCAGUGGACUUGGAAAUCAUGGAUCCAUAGGACAUGGAGCAAGUGGUUUAGAAGGUCAAGAAAGCUUCGGCGGAAGUGAUCAUGUUGGAGUAAGCAAUCUAGGAGGACACGCAAGUUUUGGAGGAAGUGGUCAUUUUGGAUCUUCUAGUUUUAGCUCCUCUGAUUUUAGUGGUCACGGUAUCUCUUCAUCAUUAGGAGGAGGAUAUGGUCAUCACUAAAUUCAGGCAAAUGUUUAAGAUGUAUAUUAAAAAUAGCUCUGACCAAAGAAGACAGAGAUUUUUUUUUAAUAUGUGUAAACAGAUUAUUCUUGUUCGCAACUGUGAUAUCGACUGUAUCAAUUCUUUAAUUUAUGUAUUCUAAUAAAGACUCAUUUUUUAUUA